UACCUGCAGCAGGUGUACAGGUAGAGAAAGUACGUAGUUGAAUGGCGGUCGUUCAAACAGGUAGCUGAACGCCUCGUUAGCAGAAAGGAGGACAGGGCAGAACGUGAGCACGUGCGGUUUAGACUUUUAAACAGGUGCUACAAGACCUGCACCACCAUGCACUGCAAUUGAUCAGCAAAGUUAAUUUUACCACUAUGUCUGAAAAGACUCCUCUCCUACAUUACCGACUCACCGCUGGCUCCACACCGGACACGAAAAAUGCCUGCAAACACAGCGGGGCGAAGGCGGACAAAAGCGGCAAACGCAAAACCAAAGAGGAAAGCACCCGAAAACUCGGAGUGCUGUUUGGCGUGGUUAUACCAACUUUACUGUCCAUGUUCAGCGUCGUCGUUUUCUUGAGAAUUGGAUUUGUGGUGGGUCAAGCAGGGCUCUACCAGUCCAUUGCCAUGUUCCUUGUGGCCUACUUCAUCAUCACCAUGACUGUGCUUUCUGUGUGUGCCAUCUCCACCAAUGGGGCUCUGGAUGCUGGAGGUGCCUACUACAUGAUUAGCAGAGCCCUGGGUCCAGAGUUUGGCGGCAGCAUUGGGAUCAUGUUUUUCUUUGCCAAUGUGUGUGGCAGCGCGCUCUAUGUUUUGGGUCUAGUUGAGGCUGUCCUGUCUGCCUUUGGAAUCCCAGAAGAGGGUGCUGCAGGUCCCUAUCAGAUGUUGCCCUCAGGAUACUGGUGGUCUCUGCUUUAUGGCACUGCCCUACUCUUCUUGUGUUUCCUUGUUUGCUUGGUGGGAGCCCACAUCUAUGCUAAAGCCACUUUUAUUAUCCUCAUCAUAGUCGCGGCAGUCCUGACUUCUAUCUUCACCAGUUUUUUCAUUGUGGGGCCCGUUGUGGUGAUUCUGCCUGAUGCGUCUGUUCUCAACAGCACCAGUCUGAGUGCAGCCAAUUAUACUGGCUUCAAGCUCCACACAUUGGAGGAUAACUUAAUGCCCAGUUAUACAGUGGACUACACCACGGGUACCAUGAUGAGUUUUGCUACAGUAUUUGCUGUCAUGUUCAACGGCUGUACUGGAAUCAUGGCCGGCUCCAACAUGUCAGGUGACCUGAAGAAUCCCAGCCAUUCCAUCCCCAGAGGAACGCUCACAGCUGUUAUUAUAACUUUCAUCACUUACAAUUUUCUUAGUCUGCUGUCUGCGUGGACCUGUGAGCGUCACCUUCUCCAAAAGGAUUACAGUUUCCUUGGAGACAUCAAUGUAUGGCCACCCAUGGUGACUAUUGGAAUCUACUCCUCCACCAUGUCUGCUGCCAUGAGUAACCUUAUAGGAGCAUCCAGAAUCCUGUAUGCAUUGUCAAAAGACAACCUGUUUGGUGGAGUCCUGGCUCUGGCAAGGAAAACCUCUCGCAGUGGGAACCCCUGGGCCUCUGUGAUUGUAUCCUGGUUGCUUGUACAGGUGGUGCUGUUUGCUGGUAAAUUGAACACCAUUGCUGGUAUUGUGACUAUUUUCUUCUUGUUGGUCUAUGCUGCUGUCAACCUGGCCUGUUUGGCUCUUGAAUGGGCUUCUGCACCAAACUUCAGACCAUCAUUCCGUUGUUUUACCUGGCAUACCUGCGCUCUGGGCAUUCUUGGAUGCUUGAUCAUGAUGUUUCUGAUCAAUGCCGUUUAUGCAUUUGCCAGCAUAGCCUUUAUGCUGCUACUAUUGAUGCUGAUCCACUACCUUGGUCCCAUGAGCAACUGGGGCUACAUCAGCCAGGCUCUCAUCUUCCACCAGGUGCGUAAGUUCCUGUUGAGGUUGGAUGUGCGUAAGGACCAUGUUAAGUUCUGGAGGCCCCAGCUGCUGUUAAUGGUGGCAAACCCUCGCAGCAGUACAAGUCUUAUGACUUUUAUUAAUGACCUGAAGAAGAGUGGCCUCUAUGUGUUGGGGCAUGUCAAACUGGGUGUCCUGGAUGGGUUGCCCUCUGAUCCUUUGCAGAGCCGUUAUGACUCCUGGCUGUCUCUGGUGGACCAUCUAAACAUCAAAGCGUUUGUUAACCUUACCCUGGCUGACUCAGUGCGACACGGAGUUCAGAGCCUGCUUUUCAUCACAGGCUUUGGUGGAAUGAGGCCAAACACCCUCGUCUUGGGUUUCUACGAUGACUGCACCCCUCAAGACCACCUCCAAGGUAAAGUUCUCCAGUCUAGAGGCCAUGGAUUGAACGCAGUGAGUCCAUCCAUAGACCCAUGCGAGCAAAGGACACCCUUCUUUCACAAUGUGCGGGUGGCUGACGAUCCUAAAGACUAUCAGGAAGAGGAAUAUGUGUCUGUGAUCGCUGAUGCUGUGAAAAUGGGAAAGAAUGUGACAUUAGCUCGUUACUUCGAUCAGUUCAACCGUGAAGAGGUCCUGGCAUCAGGAAGAAAGAUUGGAGGCAGUCGAAGCAAAACGGCGCCAUUUGUCGACGUGUGGCCUCUGAAUCUACUGAGACCUGACAUCUGUGGAUAUGUGGACACCUGCUCACUGUUCCUGUUGCAGCUGGCCUGUGUGCUUAAGGAAACUCGUGCAUGGAGCCAGGCAAGACUCCGCCUCUUCCUGUGUGUGGAAGAUGGUUGCAGUCUCAAGGAAGAGGAAGAGAGAAAGUUGCAGGCAAUGCUAAAGGAGCUGAGGAUCUCGGCUCAGGUGCAGAUGGUUGCAUGGGACCAGGUGGUGGCGCUGCACUGGCAAAGACAAAGACAUAUAAAAGAAGGGAAUGGGAUAGUGUCUGCACUGAAUGAGAAGAGGGAGGGACGAGACGGAGAGGGUGCUUCGAAGGAGUCUGCUAUCCAAAAGUUUCCCAACAAUGCUGCCCAGCUGACAGAUGAAUAUAUCUGUGCUGUCAACAACCUGAUUCGCAGACAUGGUGCUCCUCCGCCUGCUGUUCGCUUCCUGUACUUGCCGCGCCCUCCUGCAGACACAAGUCGUUACCGGGCCUACCUUCACCACCUGGACCUGUUGAGUCGGGACCUGGGCCCAACAUUGUUAAUUCACGGUGUCACUCCUGUAGUCACUACUGACCUCUAAAAUCUUACCAUCUACUCUUCAUCCAUCAACUACCUUGAUCUGGUUAGUCCAUACAACGGGUGCUGUCAACCACAACAUCAGUCAUGACACUGCAGCUAACCAGAUUUGCACUCAAAUCAUUUUCCAAUUUUGCAACUAUGCAGUUCAUGUUUCCUUUCACAUUAUAUGAAUGCAUGGGGAAAAUUGGUUUGAUGACCUUGAGUUUACUCCAGCGUUGGAGAGGCAUAUUGAUUUUUACGUGUUAAAAGAAAAUAAAGUUAAAUCAUUUUUGUAUGA